UUUUCCUUUUUGAAGGAUGGAUUUUUUUAGGCUGGUGAACCGGAGGGGUUGUGUUUGGAGGUGCUUGUCAUUCCAACGAAAUUCAUAACUAGGAACAAGAUCAUAUAUAGACAUUUUGCGUUCUUCAGGUCCGGUUCCUAAAAGCUAAAACCCAUGAUGUGAAUUGUGAAACAGAGUGAGGAGGAUAAAAUCCAGGGAUCAUGUUACUCUCUGGCUCCACAUUUACUACUGGUCAAGUGGCAACCUGUUGCUUUACAUGUAUGUUGUUGUUGUUGUUGUCACUCCUCGGCAUACAUGGCUUUCCGUGGGCACACACUUGAAAUUGCAUUCAAGAAAUGGCACAGCAUCCAGUACCAUUACCACCGGUCAGUUGAAAGUGGGCCUAAAUUGAUACUGGCUCUGUGUAUUACAGUUACAGUUACAGGUCCCAUUACUUCCCCUUCUUAAUGCGUUCAGUAGUACUGCAGAAGCUGUUUACUUAAACCACAACAAGCUCUUUCUCCCUCUCUCUCUCUGGAUCAACAAUGGAAGGCCGGGCUCUCAUGCUCAAUUGUCUCUUGCAACAAACACUGAGAAAUCUAUGUUCUUGUUCAGAUUCUUCAAAGUGGGUUUAUGCAGUCUUUUGGAGGAUCCUGCCUAGGAAUUAUCCACCACCCAAGUGGGAUUUUGGAGGCAGUUUUCUUGAUCGUUCUAAAGGAAGCAACAGGAACUGGAUUCUAGCAUGGGAAGACGGGUAUUGUGACUUUUUGGAAUGUGACAGAGCUGGAAGUGACUACAGUAAAGGAAGAUUUGGAGCUCAUGUUUUCUUUAAGAUGUCUCAUGAAGUUUAUAACUAUGGAGAAGGAUUAAUAGGAAAAACUGCAGCGGAAAAUAGUCACAAGUGGGUAUUUAGAGAAAACUCAGUUGAUAAAGAUCAUCACCAUCAAUCUUCUUGGAAUGGAUCAAAUGACUCUCAACCGAGAGCUUGGGAUUUUCAGUUCAGUUCAGGCAUUCAAGUUAUGGAAGAUCUCAAUCUAGUGAUCAACAUACAAAGGAUAUUCAGCUACCUUCACAGCAUACCAAGUGCAUUCACAAUGCAAAGACCAUAUCUAAUGCCUCCUCAUUCAUACCCAAAUACAUUCAAGCUCCAUACCCAAAUGACAGAUUUCUGCAUUGAGGAUGAGAAGCUUCAAUUGAGAGGAGGAAAAAGAUGUUAUGGAGAUAGAAUUGAAGAUGAAUAUCCAAACAAAUCCAUGAAUGUUGGAUGGAAUAGUCCACAUGUUAACAGUGAAGGAGGAAUUCCUUUUUGUUCAAUACCAUCUCUUCUGCCAACUACUAAUAUGUCUUGUAGUCUUGAAGUUCUGUUAUCUAAACUACCAUCAGUGAUUCCUUCAGAUUCCGGCACUAGAGACUGUGCGAAGGACGAUAACAAUGAGAGCUGCAACUUGGAUAUUCUGGGAUUGGGUACUAAUUCUGGCAGUGGUGAUGAGUUGUCAGAAAUUUCGAGAAUAAAAUCUGAAGCGUUGGUAUCAAACGAUGAUGAGGAAAAACCUGGAAAUCAAAUUUUAAAUCUUAAUUCAAGUUUGGAACUGUAACAUUGGGAGAGAAAGUAAAUAAACCGAGUUAUUUCAUUCGUUGUUUAACACUUAUCAUUUGGUUUCUAUUAGGACGGGAAGAUGAAUCAAUCUCUCUUCCUGAAAUGUACUAAUUUUCGGGUAAGUAAAGAUGUGUCCGUUGCACUGA